AUGAAAAAGAAUGUCUUGAGCUUUACAAUGGACAAAUAUAUGUCAAUAGCGGAGUACAAGGCAGGCUAUUGCUACUACGUGCCGAUUACAUCUGCUUUUCAUUUGGCCGGAUACACAAAUCCAGAAAUCUUCAAUAAUGCAAAGGCCAUCCUCUUCGAACUAGGAUGCUUCGCUCAAAUUCAGAAUGACUUUUACGAUUGUUUUUAUGAUCCAAAUGAAAGUGGGAAAAAUGAAACGGACAUACAAACCGGGAAGUCCACCUGGUUGAUUGUGACGUGCCUCCAGAGGGCCACAGCCGCCCAGAAAAAAGUCUUGGAGGAAUGUUAUGGAAAAAAUGAUCCUGAAUGUGUCAGACGAGUUAAGCAAAUCUACGAAGAACUUUCCAUCCCGGAUUUUUUUGCUAAAUUUGAAAAGGACACCUACAACAAUAUCAUGAUGCACAUCGAGAAAACUGAUGAAAUUCCCGCAGAAGUUUAUCUAGAGACCGUGAAUGAACUUUUCACAAGAGGAAAGUAG